AUGACGUUUUUUUUAGAGUCGAUCACGUCCGAUCAAAUAAACUUGUUGAAGUUAAGUCUUAAACAAGAAAUUGAAGAUAAACAAAAUCAGAUUCAUCAGUUUUAUACGACAAAACUUCAAGAUAUCACCAAGAUCGAUGAACAGACGGAAAAGCUCAUUGGACAAUGCGAACAGUUAGAAUUGAAACGAAAAGAAUUGAUUGAGAAAAUCGAUGAUUACUCGAAGCUUGAAAACCAUGCGCGACAUGUCAAUUCGAAUUAUCAUCAAGUUCAACAUUUAAAUCAUUUCAUCGACGGGAUCAAACAAUUGAUCGAUCUACAAACUCAACUAAAAGAAUGUCGACAAUUCUGUAAGAAUGGUGAGUUAAAUCAAGCAAAGAUUUCUUACACAACCAUUGAAUCUCUUCUGAACGAUGAAUAUCUAUUCCCGACGAAAACACCACACCCGAAUUCGCCAUUAUACGACACAUUGCAAAGAUCUGCCCGGCAAUUACGCUCUGAUAUCUGUCAAACCCAUCACACUCUAUGGAAUGAUGGUGUUGAUCGUACAGGAAAAAAUGAAUUGAGACUCAAUUUGAAGUAUGUUGAUCAAUUAUUUCAAUGUACAUUUCAUGAAGACAAAGGAGAGAAGACUUUGAUGGAGAAAAAUAUUCAAUCAUUUGCAAAUUACUGUUUCCAGCGAAUCAUUCAAGUUCUACUCGAGAAAAACAUGAAAUUAAACGUCGAUGUAGAACAAACGAAUGUCACUAUUCGAUUAGAAGCCAACGAAGAUUCUGAUAGAAAUGACAUUGAACAAUUGAAUAUGACGUUACGCGAUAUAAAAAAGUUCUUCGAAGUGUUGAAUACGUAUGUUUUAUCCAGAGUAAUGAAUGUGCAAACAUCAAAAGAAGAAUCGGUGGAAACUAUUUCAAUAAUGGCAAUAUUUUCUUCGGCGAUUGCAAAUGAUUUUGUCGAAGGUGUACGUGAACAGAUCUUAAACGUAAUUCCAAAUGAUUUCGAAUACACCGAUGUGUUUCGUACAUUAUUAGACACUGUUAAAGAUUUAGAAAAUUAUUUGAUCCGAAUGAAAUUCUUGGUAGCGAAAAAGACUUCGAAUAUUCUCUCCUCAGUUGUGGGAAAUAUCGAAGAAUCGAUUAUAAAAAGUCGAUGUCGAGCGUAUCUUAACGAAUGUCGACAGUUGUUACAAUCGAAUGCAAAUCUUAAUACGUCGUUCAAAACGAUUGAAGUUGGAGACAAUGAACAGUUAUUUCAACAAACGCAGCAGGAAAAAGAACGAUACCAAAGUCAAACAUCAACGAAUAUUUUAUCCACAACUAUCAGCCUGGAUGAACUCGACGCAAACAUGUUUCGAUUUCCUCGUACAAUGAUUGUAGAACAUGUGUAUGAGUAUAUGGCGUUUGUUCGAAAGAUUUUACAAGAAGCUGAUCAAUUAGAAAAUUACGGUGCGCAUCUUUGUGCAACAGCGAGGAACAUGAUGGAAUUAUUUCAUGUCAUGUACGCUAAUCUACAUGAGAAGAAAGCUCAAGAAUUUCCAUAUUUAACUGCUUUGCAUUUUAAUACGUAUAUGUAUGUGGGACAUGAAUGUCUUCUUUUGGGCGAAGAGUAUUACCAUUUGAAGACGAAGACCGGAGAUGGUCAACCAAUAACAUUUGUUGAUUAUGUUGCGAUAUUUCGUAAUCAAGCAGCGAAUCUGCUUAAAACACAGUUGGACUCACAAAGAGAUUUGUUAACAUCAUUUAUUAAAGAAGUUGGAGCUUUUCAUAACAUCGCUGACGAAGCAGAGAAUCAUGAUCUUCUGAAGCGGACAAUUAACAAAUGUAUAAUACAGAUGGAAAAUCUUUCACAUAACUGGCGGAAUGUCUUCUCCGCUCAUGUUUAUUUUAAAGUUCUUGCGUAUUUAUGCGAUCAUGUUAGUCAACUUCUUCUCAAAGAAACUUUAUCACUCGAAGAUAUACCUGAACAGGAAUGUGGAAUUAUGGUCAAUGGAUUUACACAAUGGUCGACAUUCUUACAAAAUACACUUGUGAAAGACGAGAUUAGUCCUGGUUUGAACGUUCUUGCACGACUCGCGCCUAAUCUGACACGAUUCAGUGAACUGUGCCUAGUGUUGAACAGCUCAUUGCAAACAAUUGUAGAUCGAUGGUUUAAUGGCCAAGGACCGUUGGCGAGCCAAUUCACUGCGAUGGAAGUGAAACAAUUGAUUCGAGCACUUUUUCAAACGUCCGACCGGCGAACAGCGGCGCUUGCUAAAAUUCAAUAA